AUGGGUGCUCCUAGCCCAGAUGGUUUUCCUGCCUUGUUUUACCAGUCUCAUUGGGAAGUUGUAGGAGAGGAUGUCACUAAAGCAGUCCUGGAAAUCUUAAAUGAAGGUGGUGAGAUUGCUCCUAUUAAUAAUACCUUCAUUUUCUUAAUACCAAAAAUCAAAGAUCCUCAAAAAGUUCUGGAAUUUAGGCCUAUCUCCCUCUGCAAUGUCAUCUACAAAGUGGUCUCAAAAGUUCUCUCCAACAGCCUGAAGGAGAUCCUUCCUCUCAUCAUUGCCCCUACACAAAGUGUUUUUAUUCCUGGGAGGAUGAUCCUUGAUAAUGUCAUUGUAGCCUUUGAAACACUUCACUCUAUGUCCACUAAAGGCAAAGGGCAGCAAGGCAGCUUUAGUCCUUCAAGAGGUAUUAGACAGGGAGAUCCCCUCUCUCCCUACUUGUUCAUAUUGGUUGUUGAGGUGUUAAGCAGUUUGUUGAACCAUGCUGAAGCCUCCAAAGUGAUUCACGGCUUUCCAAUUUGCAGAUGGAAACUUAGCAUCAACCAUUUAUUUUUUACGAAUGACAGUUUGCUCUUCUGUCGAGCAAAUGCAAGGGAGUGGUCCUCUAUCCAUCUCCUGUUAAACCUUUAUGAAGAAGCCUCUGGCCAGAAACUUAAUAAAACAAAAACCUAUAUCUUCUUCAGCCUAAACACUAAGUCAGCAACUAAAGAAUACAUAUUGAGCCUUGCAGGUACUAGAUCUUCAUCUUGUAAUGGAAAGUAUCUUGGAUUACCGGCUCUCAUAGGUAGAUCCAAGAAUGCUACCUUCAAGAGUAUCAUCGACAGAAUCAAGUCAAGAGUAGGAAAUUGGAAGAAUAAGUUCCUUUCUCAUGCAGACAAGGAAAUACUCCUCAAGGCUGUGGGCCAUCUACAAAAUGAAAGAAAGUUGCACUGGGUGUCUUGGGGACAGAUAGGAAGAUCGAAAGCUACAGGAGGGCUGGGGUUUAGAGACCUUGAGAAUUUUAACUUGGCUUUGUUGGCAAAGCAAGGGUGGAGACUUGUUCAAUACCCUAACUCUCUAGCUACUCAAGUCCUUAAAGUGAAGUAUCAUCCACAACAUGAUUUCUUCCAAGCCAAGGUGGGAAACCGGCCAUCUUUCAUAUGGAGAAGCUUCUGUGCUACAAAAGGGCUACUGGUAAAUGGUCAUAAAACCAGAAUAUGGAAGGACAGGUGGCUGCCUCAACCUACUACAUACAAGAUUCAAUCUCUAGUACAUAUUCUUCAAGAAGAUGAGAAAGUGGAAAGACUGAUAAAUAAUGAGACUAAGCAGUGGGAUAGAGGCUUGAUUACAGAUGCUUUUGAUUCUGAUACAGCUGUAAUGAUACUAAAAAUUCUCAUCAGUUCCUCGGGUAUUGAAGAUAAACUAAUUUGGCUGGGCACCAAAGAUGAUUCAUUCACUAUCAAAAGUGCAUAUCAUAUGCAGAAAGAGUCCAUCGAAAUGCUUAGAGGACAGUCAUCAAGAGGGACACAGAAACAGAGAAGCUGGUCUGAAUGUUGGAAGAUGCAGAGAAGAGGAGACUACCACCCAUGCUCUAUGGAGUUGCAGUUCUGUCAUGGAUGUUUGGAGUCAAGGGAAUUACUUGAAUUGUUCUCAGUCAUUGCUAGAAGCAUAUGGUUAAGAAGGAACAAACUUCUGUUUGAGGGGUCAUUUUUGCACCCAAACCUGGUAUUGAGAUAG